AUGCUUCAGCGCAGUCUCUCGCGUUUCUUUGCCCACCUCGUCCGCGAGGUGGAUACGGCUGGGUUUGUCGGCGACUUUCGCCGCCUGCACCACAUUGGCGCCGCAUCAACGCAAGCGAAGGCGAGGGAGGCGCGGCAUGCUGCAUGCAACGUGCUCUUCUGUGGCCACCACGGCACCGGCAAGCUGAACCUGCUGAAGGCGAUAGGCCUCCAGUGCGAAAAGAAGGGGCAGCGGGUGGCCUUUGUUUCCGCAGACAACCAGCGGGCGGCGCGGCUGGAUGGGUAUCUGAUCAACUUUUUCAUCGGGAUGCGUGUUAGCCGCGACGAGCUGCCCUCACAGGAGCAGUUGGAAGGCACCCUGGAGCGGCAUGUGCGCCUUGUCGAGUCUACCUUUGCAAGCAGCCUUCCAAGCCUCUGCAACAUCGAUGUGCUGAUACUCGAUGCGCUCGAGCUUGUGCAGCCGACGGUGCUGCUCUCGAUGGACGGGGUGGCGCGGCGGUUGCGUGGGCAGCCGAGCACGCCGUUCGGCGGGCUGCGUGUGUAUGCCGCGGCCGACUUUUGGCGGCUGCCCGUCCACCCCACCAGCGACACCGGCGGCUACCUCUUCCAACUGGAGCAGUGGGAGGCGCUAUUUCCGUUGCAGACGCUUCUGCACAAGUCCCACGUGCAGAAGGAGAAGGAGCUGCGGCGCUUGACCGAGCUGGCGUUCUAUGGUGCACUGACGCUGCCGCAGAUGAAGGAGCUGGAAGAGCUGUCGAUGAAGGAGAAGCCGGAGUCGCGGCUCUUCUCCUGGUCGAGCUCCACGACGGAAGCAGAGAAGGGCACCGCGACAGCAAGGGGAGACGAAGACGAAGAGGGUGACAUCGAGGAGGAGGACGUCAUGAGCAUCGCUCAGUGGACCAGCUUUCCGGGCGAGGCAGCGACUGCCGACUCGCCCGACGUGUCGGAGGGGGCGCUCGAGGCGACAAAGGAUGACGAGGGGGAGGUCAACGAUCCCGUCGCAGGCCAGGCGUCACUUACGUCCUCUUCCUCUGCGCUGGCGCUGCUAAACGACGACAUGACGUCCAACUCGUUCGUCGCCACCCGCAUGAUGCUCCGCUUUCCUCGCCAGCCCGCCGUGAAGGAGAUGCCGCUGCGCUACCGCCAACUCAAGCGGACAGAGAUGGGGAACUUCCUCGUGAACAUGCUUGUACACUCUUCCUCAGCGACGUCGGUCGGACUGGUCGACUCCCUCAGCGUCGACGUUGGUAGCCGGGUGCACCUCCUCCUCGAUGGCCAGGAGCAUUACGGCGUGCCUGGCGGCGCGGUUGGCGAGGUGAUGCAGGUGGGGCCCCACUUCUUGUCCAUCCACUUCCCUCGUGAGCACCGCACCGUUGACAUUCCCCGCAUGCGGGUGGUGUGCUACCACCCCUUCUACCCAGAGAUCCGAUACGAACUGCAGCAGUUCCCCGUGUUCCCACGCAAGCGUAUCUGCCCGAUGAACAUACUAACCUAUCCCCACGCGUUCUUUGUCAACCUCAACGGGCGCCGCAUGGCGGACACGAACGACCUCGGCAACCUCCUCGCGCACCAGCGCAGCUUCGCGGACUUCACGAUUCGAAACACGUCGGACUUCGCCAAUCUUGAUGGGAUGGUGCACGAGCCAACACGCAUCUACUACCACAAGAUCAGCGGCAAGCCGAUCAGCACCGCCAAAGAGCAGUGGUGCCGCAACUGCAAGCAGUUCGUGCCGACCGACUCUUUCUUCGAGCAUUGGGCAACGUGCGUGCACUCGGUGCGCUGGUGCAUCGAUUGCAACCAGACCGUGUCCCUCGAGCUGCUGGGGCCGCACAGGGAGAAGCAUCAAGUUGUGCUCUGCCUGGACUGCGGCAGGCCGGUGGAGUGGCGGCACUGGGAGGGCCACCGGCUCUCCUGCGGACCCAUGAUGCGCGAGGUCAGCGUGGACAAUCAGUUUAUCCCGCUGCGAACGCGUCAGCUGGCAUUGGAGAUGGGCCUCGACAAGCGCGACCUUCACACGGUGGCCUCCAUCACCAAGAGCAGUUUGCCGAAACCGAGGGAGGGGGUCCUCUAA